AUGGCUGCGCGCCACGCGGUGCACUCGAACGAGCUGUUGCGCCGUGCGUACAAGUACAUCGCACGCAACACGACCCUGCCUCCGCGUGUGCGUCACAUGGCGCAGCUCGAGCUGAACACCUUCCCGAACCGCUCGCGCCCGGCGACGGUGAAGGAGCGGUGCACCGAGACGGGGCGCGGACGUGGUAUUCUGACCGACUUUGGUCUGUGUCGUUACCAGUUCCGCCAAAAGGCGUUGGCCGGCGACCUUCCGGGCGUUGAAAAGGCGUCGUGGUAG